UAAAAUGAAUUCUUCUAAUAGAUGUUGUCUGCUUCAGCAAAUCCAGAAAACUUAAAGAUGGAUAGUGAUGCAUCCUCAAUAAGUGAAGCUAGUUCAAAUAGUGCACUAGGAGACACUGACGCUGCAAAGUCUUCCCAAGUUUCUAGAUGUCAAGAGUAUCGGAUGACUUUACUAGAUUUAUACUCUGGAUGUGGAGCCAUGUCAACUGGUCUCUGCCUUGGAGCAUCCGUAUCUGGUUUGAAACUGGUUACUAGGUGGGCUGUGGAUAUAAAUUCUAAUGCAUGCGAAAGUCUAAAGUUGAACCAUCCUGAAACUGAGGUGAGAAAUGAAGCAGCAGAAGAUUUCCUAUCUUUGCUUAAGGAGUGGGAAAAGCUUUGUAAAGAAUUUCAAUUGUUGGGUUCCCAUCAAUCAGAAGAUUCCAAUUCUGAACAAAACAGCUUGGACAGUGAUGAUGAUGUUGAUGAUGGCUCUAAGGUUCCUUCUGGAGAGUUCGAAGUGGGAAAAUUACUGGCCAUUUGUUAUGGUGACCCAAACAGUGUCAACAAACAUGGGCUGUAUUUUAAGGUAUAUAGACUUUAACCAAGAAUGACCUAUG